AUGACCUUUCAACCCAGCAAGCAAGAGAAGAAAUCGUCGUGCUGGGCAGCUCUGUAGGGUUGACAGAAGAAGCGCUUUGGAGGACGGCCACGCUGUAACAUCAUAAAGCAGCCGCGUGAUCGGGGUGAGAGGGAAAUGCAGCUCUUUUAAAGUGUUGCCAAUACGUGCGAAGUUCCCACGCCCGCGUCCCGAAAGCACCUUUUGGAGGUGAAUCCGAAGCUCUGCCUAGCGCUAGAAAUCAUAAACUUUCUAAUACACAACCACUCACAACCUUCAUUCUUCGUGUUACUCCCCAGAGUUUAUAAAACGACAGACUGAAAUCCGCUUUGUAGUUCUAUUUCCUCUCAUUCAAUAUAUGUAGAUAGAUAAAUCUAGUUCGGGAAUAAAUGCUGCCUAAAAAAAAGUCUCCCGCGGGUUGACCCCUUUGGGGUUUGUUUUUUUUUUCUUCCCCCGAGGAUGCCUUUUCGUCCUUUCCAUUUCAUCCACAGCCCCGGGACGUCGCGUUGAUGUCCUAGGAAAAAGUCAACCAGCUCUUACUCCGCUGAGCUCGAAUUCUCACUUUCGCGAAACGGAAACGGACCAAGUUUGUUCUCUCCGAUACACCGUCGCAACGUCUUUUUCUUUUGACGUGUGAAGGGGCGUGGCCAUAUGAUGGCGCCGUGCAUGUGCAGCUGUUUGGAGUCGCGCUAGGGGCUUCAGGAAAAAAAAUGCUGAAGGAUCCAGUACUUAGCAAAUUAAGAAAAUGACUGCUACUGGUGAUCCUUGCCUUGAAGACAUUGAAGAUAUUGUGUCAGCACAAGAUCCAAAGCCAUUUGAUCGUCAAUUCAAUAGAAAAAGUAUUAUUCCUAAAGUGCGAAAACGCCAUUCACAAAAAAACGUGGAAGUGGAUGAUCAUCCCCCUAAAGACAGUGUUAUUCCUGGUAUACAGAAAAUUUGGAUACGUACAUGGGGAUGUUCCCAUAAUAGUUCAGAUGGCGAAUAUAUGGCUGGACAGCUAGCUGCUUACGGAUACAGUAUAACAGGAGAUAAACAUGAAUAGAUAA